AUGCCUUCGAAAAGUCACUCCAUUCUCAACAAUGCUCUUAUUAAGCAGCUACUUAAAGAUGGCAAUGAAAUCACCUUCAUACGGUCUCAUGAAUACAAGAAUGCUCCUCCCACUCUGCGACAGAUUGAUGUCAGUAGCAACAAAGAACUUCUGCCUGCGAAUGCCAUUAAUAUUAAAGCUAUAAUGGACAGUACCGUUUCCAAUGAUCCUGAAAAUGUACGCCGUUUUAUGACUACUAUGAGUAUAAAAACAUUAGAAAAUAAAAACGUACAGAAGUUAUUAAUGGAUCCCGAAGAAAAAUUUGACGUAGUAAUAGCUGAAUAUAUGUAUAAUGACGUUUUAGCAAGUCUCGCAGCUGUGUUCGACUGCUCACUAAUAUGGUUAUUUCCUAUGGAAGUAAAUUCUGAUAUUUUGAAACGAUUAGAUGCUGUACCUAAUCCUGGAUACGUAAUUGAUAGCAUGUCUACAAAAGUUUUACCACUUACAUUUAAAGAACGCGUGGAAGAAUUAUGGGCCUUGCUAAAGGCGGAAUAUAUGUUUUAUAGAUAUUUUGAUGAUAUGGAAACUGAAGCAUACAAGCGACUAAUAGCGCCCAUAAUAGCUAAAAGAGGGCGUCAACCUCCUUCAUUUCAAGACAUCAGAUUUAACGUGUCCUUGGUGUUGGGUUAUUCACAUGUGUCCAUGGGAGAAGCUGUCAGUUUACCACAAAGCUAUAAGAACGUGGCUGGGUAUCAUAUUGAUGAAGAUAUUGAGCCUCUGCCAAAGGACUUAAAGGAAAUAAUGGACAACGCUAAGGAUGGAGUAAUAUACUUCAGCAUGGGCUCAAACCUGAGGAGCAAAGAUUGGCCGGAAGAGACAAAACAGAAGUUACUAUUGAUGUUGGGAGGACUGAAGCAAAUCGUGUUGUGGAAGAUCGAAGAGCAGCUUCCAAAUGUUCCUAAAAAUGUAUACAUUUCAAACUGGUUUCCUCAAUCAAGUAUUUUAUCGCAUCCAAAUUGUAUUAUAUUUUUAACUCAUGGAGGUCUUCUUUCAAUAACUGAGUCCUUUCACUAUGGUGUACCAAUUAUUGGAAUCCCUGCUUUUGCUGACCAGUUUGUCAAUAUUAAGAGGGUUGUGAAAAAAGGUUUCGGUAUAAAAGUUGAUUUGACAUACAAUGUAGUUGAAGAUCUGAAGGUUGCUGUGGAAAAAAUGACUUCAAACCCUUCAUACCGUCUGAAAGCUAAAGAAUCAUCAAUAAUAUUCCAUGACCGUCCAGCCAAGCCGAUUGAAGAAAUGUCCUUUUGGAUGCACCGUUUCAGCGAUAUGGUGAAGAAAUUAUAA